GCGACCGCGUGUGUGCCAUCCCGGGCUGCGGCCGCAAGCUGGACCUGCGGCACUUCCGGGAGUAUAGCCGGCGGCACUACUGCGGGCGCUGCCAGCAGACGGUGUGCGGGGCGCACACGGCGUACAGCCCACACGGCGCCACGGGCUCCUGCGGCCACGAGAGCCGCUGCGUGUGCAGCAUCUGCUUCACGCACUUCAACCCCGCCUACCAGCACUUCCUGCGCCAGAGGAACACGCUGCAACCUCCCCAAGCGCCAAAGCAGGGAGGAGUGACAGCGGGAGCGGGAGCGGGCUGUGAGGCGGCGGCGCUGUCACGGGCGGGUACGGCUGCGGGACAGCAGCUGGAUCCGACGGGCGCUGACAAGAGUGCCGCCAAGCUGCUGUGGGAGCGCGCAGCGACGAAGCUGAAGGCGGUGACGCGGUUUAGGAAGAAGGGUGGAGAGGCGCAGGGUGGUGCUGCGGCUCGGGCUGCGAGGGGCCCAACACCCAACAUGGAACCGGUGGUUGAGUGAAAGGGAGCACCUUUCCUACGGACAUGGGGUGUUAGCUUGUCCAAAGAGCUGUAGAAUAGCUGAAUUCCCUUCUAAGGUCAGGAGCACAUUCGUAGGACCAGGCAUGUGGACCCGUGCCCGCUGGCACCCCUGGCAACCUUGGUUUGGCUGGAAGGCCAUCCAUGUAAGAAAGCCUGCUGCCGAGGUGUGCCUGCGUGCUGUUCUGGGCGUAGAGCAUCUGGCCAACCUGAG